AUGGCAAACUUCGAAUCUCUUUCUAUGACUAUGCCUUUGAAGCCCAUAAUCUUUCUAGCAUUUAUAUUACUUGCAGUCACUUCCACUACUUCAACUCGAAUCCUUGAUGAGCUAGAAACCCCAACCGCAGCACCAGAAGAACCUCAUUCUGCUGAGUCCCCUGUUUCUUCCAUUGUCCCUCCACUGGUGGCAGCUGCCCCUGCUGCAGCCACCGGUGCCACAGUCACUGAUGCUGACCACAACCACCACACACUCUCAUUUUUCAUGCAUGACAUUCUCGGUGGCUCAAACCCCACAGCGAGAGCAGUAACUGGAGUUGUUACAAACCCUGCUCUCAACGCUCAAGUUGCAUUUGCUAAGCCCAACGGUGCAAACCUUCCUCUCAACAAUGGCGUUCCACAGAACAAUAACAACAAUGGAAUUCUCAACAACAACAACCUUCCCUUCCUCACCGGACUCAGUGGAAACACAGGGAACGUGUUCAGCAACAAGGGAAACAACUUAGUCAACAACGGUGGGGCUGGUUUCCCAGUGACAAAUACGAAUCAACUCCCGCAAGGAAUGACACUGCAGAAGUUGAUGUUUGGAACAAUGACUGUGUUUGAUGAUGAAUUAACAGAAGGGAAUGAAUUGGGAUCAGGUUUGGUUGGGAAAGCACAGGGCUUUUAUAUAGCAAGUGCAGUUGAUGGAACCAGCCAGGUAAUGGCUUUCACCGCCAAGUUUGAAGAGAAUGGUUAUGCUGAUAGUCUCAGUUUCUUUGGUGUGCAUCGAACACAAGUUUCAGAAUCCCAACUUGCCAUAAUUGGAGGCACCGGAAAGUAUGUUAAUGCUGAGGGCUAUGCUAUUAUUAAGACCUUUCCGGUAACUGAUCAGCAACAUAAUAAUGAUGGAGUGGAGACUCUGUUGCAGCUCACUGCUUAUCUUGCUUAUUAG